UUUGGGGAGGAUUUAGAGUGUUUUUUAAUGUGGCCCACAAAUACACCAAUUUAUAGUCAAAUUGAGGUAUAACCGUAUAAAAAAUUAAAUAAAAAAGACAUUAGUCAUUUGCCCACAACAUGCUCAUCUGUCUCAUGAGCUCAAACGAGUUACGAAUCAUUUUUAAUAAUCUAAAAUUAGGGUUGGCAAAAGUUGAUCCGAUCUGAACCUAACCCGAAAUAAGUGGGUUUGGGUUGAGACUUUUGAUCCAAUUAAUUAAAUGGGUCGACCAAACCUGAUCUGUUUAUUAAUGAGUUAGGUUCAGGUCAAAAUUUUAAACCUGAAAAAAAUCUGUAUAACCCAUUUAAUUAAAGGUGUUAAUUUCGAGUUAAAUCAAUAAGUAUAAGCUUAACUUAAUUCAUUUAAUAUUUUCUUAUUUUUCAUAGUAAAUACAAAAUAAACAACAAAAGAAUAUAAAUUUAAAAUUAAAGCCUUAAAUAUUAGAUUUAAUCAACGUUAAAAUCUUAAACGAAAACAAAAAAAUUAUAAACGGGUUAAAUGGGUCGAAAUCAGGUCCACCUAAUCUGUUGCAGGUCAGAUCAAGGUUGUGAUUAUCGACCCAAUUAACUAAAUGGGUUGAGUUUAAGUCUAGGGUUUUGUGACCUGUUUAUAUAUGACCCGAACGCAAACCCGAUCCAACCUGAUCUGUUUGACAGCCUAUCUAAAACACAACACAACACGACUAAUUACUGUCUGUUUGUGGCCUGCUAUGGCACAACUCGCUAGACGUAUGACCCAUUAUAUCAAAACCUCCACGGGCUUUCGGAGGCUUUUAGCAGCCCAUUCCAAAAGCCCACAGACAAAUGGACUCUUCUUUACAACACAGCCCAUUUGAUCAAAAAUCAGUUUCUUCUUGUGUCUUCUUCCCCAUCAUUUCUCGUUGAACUGUCACAAAACCUUGCUUGAAACUUCUUCAAUGGUGUUUGCAUUAACCAGAAGAUUGAGUAAAAACCCAUCAUUUUUACCAUUCUCUUUCUCUCCCCUCUAUUCAACUAUCUCUCAAUCUCUCUCAUUUGACCAGGACUUUGACUUCCAACCCCUUACUAAACCCCAACUCAAAACCCUCCUCUUAUCCCACUACAACAAUGGCAAAUUCUCUAGCCUUCUUCAAAACGUCGUCGCGUCACCUUCUGUCCUCUUCACAGCUUCCCAAAACCUCACUCGUUCCUCUCAACUCACCCUUAACUCGGUCUCAACUCGGUUCAAUCUCUUCCAACUCGCUCAUGAACUCACCCACAAUGAAUUCAACCCAGAAUCUUGCUGUGUUAGAUUGUAUUCUCCUCAACAGAAUGGUAAUGAUCUUGUCUUACCCAAUUUAAAACUUAAAGUUGUUAUUGAAGCUUUAAGAAUUGUGCUCGAUUUAAUCUAUGAUGGUGCUUUUCCUACUUUUGUUUAUGGUGGUAGAGAUGGUUUAGGUUGUCAUACAGCUGUUAGAUAUAUGAAAAAUUAUGUUGAAAACCCUAGUUGGUGGUUUACUGUUGGGUUUAAUAAGGCAAAUUUUGAUUCUAUACAUUUGGGGAAAUUGUGUUCUAUUUUAGCUAAUAGAAUUGAUGAUGUAGGUUUGAUUAAUUUGAUUGAGAAAUUGUUUGAAUGUGGGGUAGUGAGGAUUGAAUUGGGUGGGAUUGAUUAUGGGAAAGGAUUGCCUCAAGAAUGUGGGUUAUGUGGGAUUUUGUUUAACAUUUACUUGAAUAGUUUUGAUAGAAAAAUUCAAAGGAUUAGACUUCGAAUGAAUGAUGAAAACCCUAAAUUUGAUUGUGUAAAUGAUGUUGUUGUGUAUAACCCUCUGAAGGUUUAUGCUGUUAGGUAUUAUGAUAACAUAAUGUUGAUCAUUUCGGGACCGAAGAUAGUAGGGAUGGAUUUGUUGAAUUGGGUUGUUAAGUAUUUGGAGGAGGAGUUGGAGUUGAAAGUCGAUAGAUUAAGGACCAUUAUACAUAGUGCUGUUUCGGAGAAGAUUGAAUUUUUGGGGAUGGAGUUUCAAGCUGUUUCACCUUCUGUGUUACGGCCUCCUUUAUCGGAUAAGGCGAAGAGGGCACGAUUGAAGUUUCGUAGACAAAAGGAAGUUAGGGCGAAAGAGAUGAAAAACGCGAGGGAAAGGAAUAGGCGGAAGUUGGGGAUGAAGAUCUUUAGUCAUGUUUUUAAGAAGUUGAAGAAUAGUAAUGAUGGGUUUAAGUUUGAGUAUCGGAUUGAGGAUGAAGUGAGACAAAUCUUUCGAACGUGGGCGGAUGAAGUAGUGCACGAAUUUUUUGAGUCGUUAGAUGAAAAAUGGAGUUGGCACCGAGAGCUUACAUCGGGUGAUUUUCUUUCGUUGAAAAGAAUUAGGGAUCAAUUGCCUAAAGAGCUUGUGGAUGCCUAUGACAAAUUUCAAGAGGAAGUUGAUAAACAUUUGAAUCCUAUGAAAGCUAGGAAGGCAUUGGAGGAAGUUAAAAAGAACGAGGAAGAGGAAGAGGAGAGGAAAUACAGUGAACGAACAGUUUCGGACUUGACAAAACUCUGCAUGAAAGUCACUGCACCGAUUGACCUCAUUAGGAAGGCGGUCAGGCUUGCAGGGUUUACGAAUGACAUGGGUCGUCCUAGGCCUAUAAGCUUACUUGUGGCCCUAGAAGAUGCCGAUAUUGUAAAGUGGUACGCGGGAGUAGGCAGAAGAUGGCUUGAGUACUUCAGCUGCUGUCGUAAUUUCGAAAUGGUUCGAACUGUUGUAACCUACCAUUUACGAUUUUCUUGUCUCUUGACACUAGCAGAAAAGCACAAUGCCACUAAAAAUCAAACUAUUAGGCAUUAUUCUAAGGAUUUGAAAGUUUUUGAUUUGGACGGAAAUGAGGAAAUAUACUUUCCCACUGAACGGGAAGUUAAAAGGGCAAGAGACAGUCAUCUUUCGGAUCCAAAACCCGUUGAUGGUGCGCUAACUCUGGCUCUAAUACGACUGGCUUAUGAUAUGCCAUCAAAUAUGUGUGCUGCCCAUUUUUGUGAUUGCAAUAAUACGAUCACUUACCGAGUUUGUUUAUUGCAAAACCGAGUGAUUAUCGACCCAAGGGAUCAAAAGCAGAAAUGGGUUCCUGGAUUGGCUGCAUUCCAUGAUAGUUUGGACAGAAGGUGCUAUGCUUUGUGUUCUCACCAUGCUAGUGAUUUGUACAUGGGUAGAAUAACUCUACAAGAUAUCGAUUGCACUUCGUUUGUCGAUGUUGAUUAAACAAUCUAGUUUGUCUUCAUUUUGUAUUUGAUUGUUGAUAGAAUGAUAGUAGUAUAGUUUGAGAUGAACUUGUAUAUUUGUAAUUGUAAUUUCAUACAAAUUAAUAGUAUCAUUGAGUGAAGAUUAGUCA